GUCCCCGGCCUCAGCCCUGUCUGUGUCCCCGCAGUGCCCAUGGCCAAUGCCACCAUCACCCCCGGUCCCCCGGCACUCCAGGUGCGCCCAGGUGACCCCGUGACCCUGCGCUGCUCGGUGCAGGUGGGCUCAGCCCCUGUCACCUUCACCUGGCUGCACAACGGGCACGAGGUGGCCCAGGGUCCCCUCCUGGAGCUUGGGGACAUUGAUGUGGGACAUUCGGGCACCUACCAGUGCGUGGCCACCAACCAGCUGGGACAGGACGGGCACCGCGUGUUCCGGGCACUCAGCCCAGAGCUGGCCCUGGAGGUGACACCACAGGGAACCACUGGACACCACUGGAGCACAGUAGUGGCUGUGAAUGUCGGCAGGACCCUCCUGUACCUGCUCCUGCUCCUGGCUGUCAUCGGGGGCUGUCACUGGUGGCACCGCUGGGACAUCACCCAGACCCCCCCUUAUCCCCACAGGACUCCCCUGAAGGAGAGGGUGGUGCUGGACCCCCACGUUGUGUGCAUCAAGAGUAUGGGGGUUCUGUGGAGUGAACAGGCGGGAGGCCCGGUCGGAGACCGGCACUGCAGGACCGCGCUGGGGGAGUCGGAGGGCAGCUCCAAGGAGUAG